AUGAGUUCCAUUGAUGAACGGAAAAUUUGGAAACAUUGGGCUUACCUGAAGAAUGAGCUACCCGCAGAUGAAAUUGUGGAUGGAAUGGUUGAGGCAGGAAUCUUUGCACCAACCCAAGGGAGAGAUAUUCUUAGCGUUCAACCAAACACACGACAAAUGAAAGCUGAAAAGUUUCUCAAUAGUCUUAUUAAUGCUGGGGACAAAGGUUUUGAAACGUUUUGUAACAUUAUGAGACGGGACAACGAAAACCGAUACAAAGCCAUAAUGGAAAGGCUAGAGAUAGGAGAGAACGCAGGAGGAUGUACUGGCGGGGGUGCUUCUGCCUCCAAUGUCAUUCACGUUCGACCUACAGGUUCAGCUACUCCUUUAGACAAAAUCAGGCCAGAUUCAGGCAUGUCGGGAUCUCAGAGGCCCAUCUCCAGCAUGUCUUCUUCUAGUGCCAGUACAGAUAUCAGUAUGCCGAGCAGAGAUGGCGAAACUGGUGAAAAGAACCAGAGAAGGGGUAAAUCGGCGGCUCGGCGAGCAUGGAGGUCCGAGUCAUCCGCUAGCGAAUCCUUCCCACCAACUAACCAAGUUCCUCCAAACAAUGCUAUUGCCCCGUAUGGAGGGUUAGCUAGGGCACCAAGUACAGGUGAGGCGAUUAUUACACAAUCAAGGAAUUCAGAUUACGAUGGACGUUCGGAUAUAGCAUCUGCUUCCGGAGGCCAUUCCUCUGGAGGACCUGGGGCAGAUAGUAAUUCACAAGGAUCAUCUUCUGAAGCACCAGGUGUUGAUAUGAAAGCGCUAGAGCAGGAAUUAGUCCGUAUUGCACCGACUAUUGCAGAACUUUUCCAAAAAUUCGCUAAGACAACGUGCAAGGAACCUGUAAGUGAAGAGGAAAUACAAAACGUUAAAGCCGAAAACGAGCGACUGAGAAAAACCAAUCGUGCCCUCAUUGAAAAACUGAACUCCUUCCAGCACAGGAUUAUUCAACUUCAGUUGGAAAACAAAAAACUCAGGGAAGAGGGUGAGGGUGUGAUGGAGGCAAAAGAUGAGCUAGACAGGAAAGAAUUUGAACUGAAAGAUCUAGAAAAGAGACUUGAAGAGCAAAAACAAGCACUGGAAGAGAAGGAGAUGGAACUUAACAACCAGUUGAUGAAAAUACAGGAUAUCGAGAAUGAUAUCGCCAGACAGAAGGAGCAGAUAAAGAAAUUGGAGACCCUUCACGAGGAGGGACAACUCGACAACGAACGACAACAAGAAGAAAUCCUAAUUCUUCGAGAAGACAAGAAGAAACAACAACAGCAGAUACUGAAGUUGGAAUUCAAACAGAGGGUGGGAGAGGAACGUCUCCAGAGCUUAGACGCUAGGAUGAGGCAGCUAGAACAACCCAAAAGGAACUUCAGGAGGAGUGAUCCUUCAAAGAUCAAACCAAGACGACCAUUAGGAAUGUUUUACAACUGA